CUUCCAGUUGCACAAUUUUAUGUAUCACGUUUUGCAACAAAAGUUAAUACUGAUCUUGCUCACCCAACCAUAUUAAGGAUAAACCUUAAGCAGUCAGUACUGCGAACACUGAUCAAAAUAAAAACCAAUGUUAUCACCUCCAGAACAAUAAGAAGAAACGAACGUUCAGCAACAGGCGCCCACUGUCAACAACAAUCAUGCUGUUUUACCCGACUAGCAGCUUCACAAGUGCUGGCACCGAUGUGCUUUCAAAUCUCUUCAGUUAUAGCCCGGGCUGCAAAACAUAUAUACAUACAAUUCAGCAACUAUCCAGUUGUAACAUAUUACCUUAUAUCAGCACUAUUUCAAUCUUCUUUUCCUCGAGUGAUAUCGUUUGGACGUUCACAAAAAAAAAAUUGUGGCCACGAAGAGCUUCCAGUUGCACAAUUUUAUGUAUCACGUUUUGCAACAAAA